CCAGAGAAAGAGAAAGAAAGCGCGAGAAAGAAAGAGAAAGAAAGAGAAAAGAAAGAUUGAAAGAGUAACACCCGCUCCUCCUCCUCUUCCUCAGCCCCAGAACAGCGAGGACUGGCAGCGCAUGGACGUGGAGGCUGGCUUGGACUCGCAGGCACUCGAGGGUCUCGUUCCUGGCACUCAGUACAACGUCAAGUGGUCCGGCGUCUCUGGAGGCACUGCCAAGCUAUCCCUCGACACCCUGGAGGGGUGCCAGGCGGAGAACGUGAGCUACGGCGUGGGCCAGGACUGGACUGAAGGGUGCCAGAAGAAGUGCUCCUGUUCGCAAGGGGGCGAGGCCAAGUGUCUGCCCCGGUGCGUCUUCGUGACCGGGGAAAUUAAGGACCCCUCUUGCACCGAAAUCCCCGACGCUGAGGACCCCGACUGCUGCGUCACUUACAACUGCAAAAAGACAGGAGAGACCUCCGUGUUGCCUUCCCCGACAAGCCAGAAGGCCGCCGCGGGGUUGCCCAAGCUGCUGGUCACUUCCAAGACCCACAGCUCGGUGACACUUGCUUGGGAUGAUUUCAGGGCCAGGGCAGUGGAGGAGGGCUACGUCGCCGAGUACCGCGAGGUGGAGGGAGGCGAGGCGAGCGAGAAGGAGCCGUGGAUGAAGAAGAUCGUGCCAGUGGGUGCCACUCCCCCCAGCCUCACUUCCGUCACGAUCGAGGACCUCAAGCCGAAUACAUUGUACCAGGUGCGAGUGUCCAUCUAUGAUGAGGUAGAGAACGGGCGCCUGGCUGACACCACCGAGACCCUCACUGUUCGGACUGAAUUUGGCUGCGUCUACGGCAACUCGUCUCAUGCUUUGGGAGAAUUCUUCAUCGGCUGCGAGGAACGGUGCACCUGCCACGCGUCCGGCGAUGUCAAGUGCUUCCAGCGGUGCACUUUGCCCUAUUUCAAAAAAGGGGAGUUCAGCGGAGACGCCCUGUGCCGAGAACAACCAGCUGAACGGGACAGCUGUUGCGUCAUCGUUCGCUGUGCCACCAACACCACCAAUUUUGCUCUCGCCGAUCUACCCUAUGAACCGUGCACGAACAUGGUCUGCGGACCCAAUGCUGAAUGCGGAGCCGACUCAAUGACCUCGGACGACCCGGCAGCAGGAGGCAGCAACCUCUCCUUCGGCUACUGUCGCUGUCUCCCAGGUUACGUCGGGGAUGCUUCGGACCUGGAUAUUGGAUGUGUCCUAGACACGAACCGCAAGGAGGGCAGCUGCACCUUCAAGAACACGACCUACAGGCCAGGCGAUGUUUUCUUUGAUGAGUGUGAAUACCGCUGCUCUUGCAACAACAACACAGAAAUUGAGUGCGAGCCUCGAUGCGAAUUUCCCCACGAGGACGGGUCGGAAACGGAGCCCGGCUGUGAAUACCUCCCUGACCCCAAAGACUCGUGUUGCAAGCUGCGCGUCUGCAAUUCCACCUCCGAAGCGGCCACCGAUGCUGCGCGGGCUCCCUCCCUACCGUCCAAUGGGUGCACCGAAGGCAACAUCACUUACGCUAUGAAUGAGAGGUUCUAUAAUGGCUGUGAGACGCAGUGUACCUGCAUGGGCUUCGGUGAUAUCUCUUGCGUGCCAAGAUGUCCACCACUCAAGGUUGUGUCCGAGACCCCCAAGAAGUGCCAGACUCUGCCGGACCCCCUGGACCCCUGUUGUUCUAUUACGGUGUGCGAUGAGGAGACCCCGGAUGUCAUGAAGGCCAACCUCACAGAUGAAGAACGAAAAAUGUUGAUGGAGAACAUGACCGGCAUUGAAAAGGUGAUGACGAUGAAGGAAAUGAUGAAGAACAUGACAGAAGUAGACAAGGAGAUCAUGAUUAAUAACAUGACAGCUGAAGAGAGGGAAAUGCUGGUCAACAUGACGGAGGCCGAAAGGAAGAUGAUGAACAAGACCAUGUCAGAGACGGAGAAGGAAAUGAUGAUGAAGAACAUUAUGGACUUGGAAAGAGACAUGAUGAAGAAGAACAUGACGGAGGUGGAAAUGGAAAUGAUGAUGAAGAACAAGACUGCCAUGGAGAAGAAUGCCCACAAUCACAUCCACGUGCAUGAGGACGGAACCACUCAUUCGCAUGGCCAUGACCACGAUAUGGACGGUGCUCAUAAUCACACGCAUGAGGACAAUGCAGAACAUGCACACUUCCACACUCAUGAGGAUGGAACAAGUCAUAGCCAUCCACAUGACCACAUGGGAGAGGAACAUAACCACACACAUGGAGAAGGAGUGGAAGCUGUACAUUGGCAUGUACAUGAGGAUGGUACAAACCACAGCCACGCCCAUGGAAAUAUGGAACACAGCCACACAGCCGAUGGAGGAAUCGGAUGGCAUAUUCAUGAGGAUGGUACGAAUCACAGCCAUGCACAUGACAGUUUAGCACACACUCAUGAUGGCGAUUGGCACGUUCACGAAGAUGGUACCAAUCACAGUCACCCACAUGGCAACAUGGAACACACUCACGAGGGAGGAAAUGAUUGGCACAUUCACGAAGAUGGAACAAAUCACACUCAUGCGCAUGGCAGCAUGGAACACACUCAUGAUGGAGAAGACAUAUGGCAUGUUCAUGAAGAUGGCACCAACCACAGUCACCCACUUGGCGAUAAACCACAUAGCCACACCGCUGAUGGAGAAAUCGUAUGGCACAGUAAAGAGGAAAACAACAUGGCACACACCCAUGGAGCAAAUGACUGGCAUGUUCAUGAAGAUGGCACCAACCACAGCCAUUCGCAUGGCAACAUGGACCAUACUCAUGAGGGAGAAGCUGUGUGGCACGUCCAUGAAGAUGGAACAAAUCACAGCCACCCACAAGGUGAUAAGGCACACAGCCACACCGCUGAUGGUGGAAUCAUCUGGCACAAUAAAGAUGGAACAAAUCAUAGUCAUGCACAUGGCAAUAUGCCACACACACAUGGAGAAAAUGACUGGCAUGUUCAUGAAGAUGGAACAAAUCACUCUCAUGCACAUGGCAACAUGGAACACAAUCAUGAAGGAGAAGAUAUAUGGCACGUUCAUGAAGAUGGCACCAACCACAGUCACCCACUUGGCGAUAAACCUCAUAGCCACACCGCUGAUGGAGAAAUCAUUUGGCACGGUGAAGAGGAAAACAACAUGGCACACACCCAUGGAGCAGGUGAUUGGCAUGUCCAUGAGGACGGCACCAAUCACAGUCAUGCCCACGGCAGUAUGCCACACACUCAUGGGGAAAAUGAAUGGCAUGUUCAUGAAGAUGGAACAAAUCACUCUCAUGCACAUGGCAGCAUGGACCACGCUCAUGAAGGAGAAGCUGUGUGGCACGUUCACGAAGAUGGCACUAACCACAGUCACCCCCAUGGCGAUAAACCUCAUAGCCACACCGCUGAUGGAGACAUCAUUUGGCACGGUGAAGACGAUAACAACAUGGCACACACCCAUGGAGCAGGUGAUUGGCAUGUCCAUGAAGACGGUACCAAUCACAGUCAUUCUCAUGGUAGCAUGGGACACACACACGAAGGAGAAGACAUAUGGCACGUCCAUGAAGAUGGUACUAACCACAGUCAUCCUCAUGGUGAUAAGCCACAUAGCCACACCGCUGAUGGAGAAAUCAUAUGGCACGCCGAGGAAGAUGGCAACAUGGCACACGACCAUGGCUGGCACGUUCAUGGGGAUGGCACCAACCACAGCCACGCGCACGGCGACCUUGAGCACGUCCACAAGCAUGAAGGCAUUGAGAUGCAUGCCCACCCCGACCCAAAAAUUCUGGAGAAGAAGAGCAGAGCAAAUGACGAAGGCAACUACGACUUGGAUAUCCUGGAAGUGAUGGCCAUCAAUGCCACAGCCGCAGAGAUCCACCUGGCUGUAUCCGAUGCCAUGCUCGAAGCUUGGACCAGGAAACCUUUCCUAAUCGUCCUGUACAGCCCCGACUCCCUCACUUGGUCCAAGAAGAACAUUACCUCCGAGAACAUCAGGGUACGAAACCCCAACGACAUGUAUGUGACAGUCGGGGAGCUACAGCCAUCCACAGCCUACCAGUUCCGUGUUGCCUUCGACGACUCGGUCAGUUCCACGGCCAAGGUGCAGCUGCUGGACGGCCCCGCUGAUCUGGGGAUGGAUGACCCUUCCAGCAUUCAGCUGUCAGGAGAAGGUUUUCCCUUCACCCCAGUGCCUAAUCCUCAUCCUCUCCUGGAGGAAGAUCUCGCCAGCCAGCAAGAGCAUCAGUUCGAGCAGAAAGACAGCUCUCAUCAGCACCUUGCCUUGAAUUCCCUCAUUCCUCACGACCACCAAGCAGCAAUGGAAGGGGGCCAAGCUGUAGAUCUUCAGCAUACUACCCAGUGGGAGGACCCAUCACUAACGACAGAGCAUGGGAAUUUAAUCACGCUUGAAGGCCCCGUUGGUAAUGAGAACUUUACACUUGAUAUUAAUCCUCAGCUGAAUGAAGCAUCAGACCUCGGGCUACAUUUCCAAAAUGCCUCUGAACCGCCUCUUGUUGGUGAAAGCAAUUCCAACUUUUCAACACCUUUACCUCAAGGAGAACACACAUUAUCUCCAGAAUUUGCAACUAAUGUUACACAAACUGUGCAAAGUGUCACCCAUAGCAGCAGUCACCAGGUUUAUGACAGUGAAGGGAACCCAUAUUUGCCAAGUGAAAACGAGGCAGUAUCCCAUUCGACAAGCGUGCACGUUGAAUCCCACGUGGACAAUCCUGAUGAUGAAAUUCCUCAACCAGGUGCUCUUGAUUCCAACUUCACACAGGUGGAGGGUGAAAGAACGAAUUUCGAAACGAAUGCAGAGGAAGAACACUUUAACCUUACCGAAUUGAAUGCAGAGAACGCCCAUCAGACAAAUGGCACUGAGGCACAUUUACAUCAUGAGACAGAAGGAAGUGCUCAUUUGGACCAGAGACAAGGGGAAAUCUUCAAUAAUUUUACUGCAGAUGAGGAAAGUUUGAAUCCAAUGAAUCCUGAGGAAAAUUUGAAUCUCUUCAACCACGAGGAAGAUGGAAAUCUUGUUCAUCAUGAGGAAGAUUUCCAUCUUUUUAAUGUAAGUGAGAAUUCCCAUACAUUGCUUCCGGGUGGAGCAGCUGUAGACCCAUUUUCCAUUGAGGGAAAUUCUCAUCUCUUUAAUACAAGUGAAAAUGACCAUCUUCCAAGUGAGGAAAAUUCUCACUUCUUUAUCAGUGAGAGCAUUGCUCACCCAGAUUCAUCCAUCACUCAAAUGGAUGGAGAAAAUGCUAACAUAACAAGGACGGAUGAAAGGAAUCUUCAUUUAAUGACUGUUGAUGGAAACGUUUUUUCUCCACACGCCAAUGAGCAAGAUUCUCAUGUACAUAUUAAUGAGGAACACUCUCAUCUGCACUUUGAUGAGGAAAAAUCUCAUUUGGAUGUUACAACCAAUGGCACUAAUCCAUUCAUUAAUGUCCAUAUCAGCAAUGAGGAAGGUUCUGCUCUGGCCCAGCCUAAUGAGGAGAAUGCCUACCUGCCUCAACCAGGUGAGGAGAAUGCCUACCUGCCUCAACCAGGUGAGGAGAAUGCUUACCUGCCUCAACCAGGUGAGGAGAAUGCCUACCUGCCUCAACCAGGUGAGGAGAAUGCCUACCUGCCUCAACCUGGUGAGGAAAAUGCUUACUUACCACAGCCGAAUGAGGAGAAUGCUUACCUGCCUCAACUACAUGAGGACAAUGCUAACAUCUCCCGCACAGAUAAGGAAAGUGCAGAUUUGCCUCAGUCAAAUCAGGAAAACACUUACCUACCAGAGGAAAAUUCUUACCUCCCAAAGACGAGCAAAGACAUUUCUCACGAACCGAUCGAGAGAAAUGAAUUCAAACAGCACUUCGAAAACCACGUCAUCGUAGACCCGCAGAACAUCACCGUCAGCGUUGAGAGUAGCACGAGUAACAGCAGUGACGGGAAGGUCCUCUUGGCCCCAGCACAUCCAGCGGAUCCCGAUUUCCAUUUCGGUGGUGGAGACGGCUUUUUCCUCCCCAACGAACACGACGGUCCAGAUGCCAGCGGAGACGAUCAUGCUUUGGAAAGUACAGCUCAUCUUGGUCCGGACGAGCAGCUCCAUACAUGGGAGAAGAGCCAUUCCACCCACGACCCCGAAAGCAUUUGGGAGAUACCCCCUCCUUCAGGAGAAACCAACACCCACACUGAAGGCGUGGACAUCGACGUCAGCAACAUGUGCGAGUACGAAGGGCAUUACUACAAGCGAGGCGAGACCUUCUACAAGGGCUGCCGACAGUCGUGCAUGUGCUCCGAAAACCUGGAGGUGUACUGCGCGGACAUCGAGUGCCCGGUCUCCUUCGGCCUCGAACUCAUCGACCCCGACUGCUACGAGUGGGACACCGAUCCGGACUACGUGCCGACGCCGCCCAACUGCUGCCAGCCCCUCAAGUGCGUGGCGACGGCCGCCUGCGAGUACAUGGGCCAGACCUUCAACAACUACGACACGAUCCCCCGCGAGAUCACCGGCUGCUCCCAGAUGUGCACCUGCAACCACGGCAAGGUCACCUGCAACGACCUGUGCGCGCCGGUGCCCGAUGCCCCUCCGCCCGAGCUGGAGUGCCCCCCGGAGAAGGCCGUGCUGAUCACCCUGCCCGGGGAGACCUGCUGCAGGUCGUGGCAGUGCGCCGCCCACUCUGUUGCGGAGAACAGCAUUGCGGAACCCGUUGUUCAGGCCCUGGAUGCAAGAACAGCUCAGAUCUCCUUCGACACGCCGCCAGUGUACAAGGGUCUGCCAGGAGAACUUCUUGUCAGGUUCACCAGCGAUCCCGUAGCUAACGCAGACCCAGAGACAUGGAAGCAAGAGAUCCUGGUACCCAUGGGGACGAUCAUCAACCACUCGCAGUGGAACCACGUCAUGACCAGCCUGGAACCCGACACCUCCUAUGCCAUGCAGGUCGUGUUGAAUGUCCAGGGGGCCCAGCCAGUCACGUCUCCGAUGUUUACGUACACGACAAUGGCUGAAGCCACCACGCCCUCGACCACGACUCCUCUACCCCGCCUGGAUGUGAACGCCGAGCUCUACGCCACAGAAGUGUCUAAGACAACCGCCAAGAUAUCAUGGAGACGCUUCAAUGCCUACGAACUGCAGUACAUCGAUGGCGUGCAAGUCAAAUAUGCCGAGAAAGACAAACUGAUCCCUAAUAUUAGCCCGCUGCUCCACCGUGACAGCAACCAGAUGGAACUGCGUGACCUGCAGCCAGGAACCAACUACACAGUCGACCUGGUAUUCUUCACUCGCGAGGACCAGACCACACAGGUCUCCAACACUCAGCCCAUCACCUUCAUGACACUGCCUGAAGAAGAUCCUUACGAAUUCGAGAUCGAGGUUCGCCCCGGCAAGGUUUCAUCCCAGACCGCCGAGCUGUACUACUCGGGCGUGCCAGACCCAGAGGAGAAGUACGUCAACGUCUUCAGGGCAGUGUACGUGCGCGAGGACGAACGAGUGGACGCCCAGACGUUCAAGAUCCCGAAGACGGGCCACGAGAAGAAGAUCUUCCUCAGCGACCUGAAGCCCGACGUCGAGUACAAGGUGUGGCUGGAGGCUUACCUCUCCAACGGACGGAAGAAGAAGAGUAACGUGAUCGCCAUUACCACGAAGGCUGGCGAGCUCCCCAAGCCGGAGAAGAGUGAAGUUGACCCCUCGACGCAGGCCGACGGGCAGAAGGACGGGUACUACGCCGCCCUGGUCGCCGUGGCCAUCAUAGCUGCCAUCGCGUGCGUGGGCUUCCUCGCCUGCUGGUGAUCCUCCUGAGGAAGCAGAGCCACGCCAAGGCCCACAUCAACUCCUCGAGAAGCAACGCCGCGUAUGACAACCCGUCAUACAAGGUAGGGGACAAUACCUACGACAUGGAGAUGAACGGCAUAAAGGGCAGCGGGAACGGAGCCACACACAUGGAUGAACCUUAGGCGUUUGCUCACGACCGGGUGCUAAACCUUGCAUCUUUUAACUCUUUUUUUCUCUCCUCUUUUUGUGUAUGUGUUUUUUUUUUUAGCUACUUUUAUUUCCUUGAUUUUUUUGUUAGAUAUGUCUCUUUUUUAUAUAUGUGGAAAGUUACGGCAUUUCGAAGGCAAGGUCUUUGAAGGAUGCCCAGUAUCCCAGUGAUAGUGUAUAAAUCUUCGAUCACUGUUACACGUGUAAAUAAUUGUUUGGAGGAGAACCUUGUGGCUCUACGAAACCGACUGUGGUUAUAUCACCGGAGAAACAAAAUAAGUAAAUAUAAAAUGGUCUUCCUUAUUUUGUCUGAUUUGGCGAUGGUUUUAGGCAUAAAAUGUAUGUAAUUUACUCAGGUGAUUAAUCAGUUAGAUACAGUAGGUGCCAGUUUAGGUUUUAGUGUAACAUAAAGUGCACCAGCCAUUGCUUUUUUUCCCCCAGAAACAUUUUCUUCUUAUUCUGUCUCUUGUUUGUUUAUGGUAUUGUAAUGAUAAAUAAUUGCUUAAUACUAACUUCUGCUUCUCUCAGUUGGAUUUUUUUCUAUUUAUACUGUAGGUAUUUAUAUUUCCCUCAGAGAUGGAACAUAAUAACACAGAGUACUGGUGCUUUGUGAAUAAUUAGGUUGUGCCUUUUUAACAAAAAAAAAAUACUGUACUUAAUUGUGCCAUUAUUGUACACUAUCACUUAAGAAAAUUGUACAAUGAGACACCUGUUAUCAUGUAUGGAUUUAACUACAAUAUUGUUUUCUCUCGUUUUUCACUAAAAAGGUUACAAUUUUUCUUCAAAAUUCACGAGAGGUGUGCUGUAAGUUCCCAUUUGUUUACGUCGCAAAGUAUUUUUCUCUAAUACUCUAAUACAAACCCAUUAGCUAUUUGUCUUUCCAACCCUCAUGAAUUUUGGCGGAAAAUUGAAGCAAAAAUCUUUGGAGAGAUGUUGGCAAUAUAUUAAAACUUCAUAUUAGGUAACAGACAAGAAGUCCACGAGGAUAAAAUGUGUGAUGCUGGACUCCCCUUUCCAAGUCUCAUGUACUUAGACUUGUAAAGCCUGCCAUAAGUGUCCCCUCUUUAUGCUUGAGUAUUUCGUUCACUGGAGACGUUUCAGUGCAAAAGGAUAUUCUUUUAUUACUGCAGUAUGUAAAGAGAGGCUUUGAAAAAUAUGCAUGAACUAUACAUUAACUUUGCUUAGAUUUUAUUUUGAAAGAUAUCCCAAGGUGGGCUGAAUACUGAAGUUGGCAUAGACGGGGUUUAUAAACGUGACUUAGUGAUGUUUAUGAAUAUAGAUGCACUUGGCAGGUCCUUGCAAGUUUGGUACUAAUUUUCUCCCUGUUAUGAGAAGUCCUACUUUGAUAUAUGUGAUAAGAAUUGUGUAAAAUUGCCUAAUAUAGAGUAAGUUUUUUUAAUGAUGAUGAUCAUAAUAUAAUAAUAGAGUAAUUGCCGUGAACUGUAUUUGUAUUUUUGUACGUUCAUACACAGAUUAUUAAAGUUCCAAUGAAAAUAGAAAAAAAUGUUCAUGUGUAAUACUGAAAAGAAAUAUCAGUAUUACAUUUGAAAACUCCACUCGAGUGCUCUUUUAGGAUGCUGUUAAAGAAACCAAUAUUUUUUUUAUAUAUGAAAAAUGCAUAAUGUAUCAGUACAUCAUAUAAAAGAAUUUAACUUUUAAAUCAUAUGAAAAAAAUAUGAAAAUUCAAGUGUUUUAUGUACAGUUAUAGCAAUAAAUUAUUUUUAUUACCUCGAAUGAUGUACUGCUCCUGUUUUAACUGCAAUUUGUUCUGAUGUAAUUUUCAUUCAUGUAAUUACUGAUAGUUUGUCUGUUAAAAGAUAAAUUCAGGUUGAUAUGUUAACAUGGGUGCAGCCUCUGUGUACAGAUUUAAGUGUAAAAAUCCUGUGCGUGUAUGCACAUUAAAUUACUUUUAAGAUA